AUGGUUGAUUUGAAACAGCAACUGAACGCUAUUGACUAUUUUGGAGUGAUUGCAGUAUGGUUGAGCUUCUUUUCUAUAAUAUUCAUCAUCUCUGUAACAUGUAUUCUUUGGUGCUGUGUCAGCAAAGAUGACGAUUCGACUGUCUUCGCAAAGUAUGGUAUGGGACCUCGUCAACGUCAAAGGACACCAACACAUGUCGAGACCUAUUGA